CAUGCAGCAUGUUCAUCCAUCAAGCGCAACUUCAUUAAAAAGUAUAAUAGGCAUAGUGAUUUAGUUUUGCAAGUAUAAGUAAUCAUUAUGCCUCAUUUCAUUACAUAUUUCUUACUCUUUUCUACUCUUGCCAUUUCUUGCUCUUGCAUCAACCAUAAGAACUUUACCCAAUCGGAUCCCGACUGGUCCCCUGCCGGCGCCACAAAGUAUGGUGAGCCCAAUGGUGUUGGAAUUACUGGUGGAGCAUGUGGAUACGCAAGCAGUGUAGUGCAGCCACCAUUCUCUUCCUUAGUAUCAGCUGGUGGUCCUUCUCUAUUCAAAUCUGGGAAAGGAUGUGGAGCUUGUUAUGAGGUAAAGUGUACUGAAAAUGCAGCAUGCUCGGGAAAUCCGGUCACCAUAGUUAUAACAGAUUCGUGUCCGGGCGGGUGUGAAUCACAACCAGUUCAUUUUGAUAUGAGUGACACUGCUUUUGUAGCCAUGGCAAUUCCUGGCAAUGCCAAUCAGCUCCGAACCGCCGGAGUACUCAACGUCCAGUAUAGAAGAGUUGAAUGCAACUAUCCGGGAGUAGCACUGAGCUUUGGCGUGCGACCUGGUUCGAGCCCCUACUAUUUUGAAACUCUGAUUGAAUAUGUAAAUGGCGACGGAACCCUGAGCACUGUAGAACUGAAGCAAGCUUCGGCCUCACCAGAUUCAUGGCUUUCCAUGCAACAGUUUUGGGGUGCAGUGUGGAAGCUUCAAGACACCUCCGGACUAACAGCGCCCUUCUCCCUCAGACUCACCGACGAAUCUGGCAAUACUCUCGUCGCCGACAACGUCAUUCCGGCCGAUUGGCAGCCCGGACAUACCUAUCAGUCUGCCGUCACUUCUUUUGUUUGAAGAUAAACUAAUUACAAAAUUAAAUAAAAAAAAAUCUAUUGUACC